AUGUCGUUGCCUCCUCAACGGUAUCAGGACGAACCGCCUGAGCAAAAACGCAGAACAUCCUUGAAGGAUGUUGAUCUGAACUGGGGCGGGACUGCUGAGAGCAUAUUUAACGAGGACGCGCAGCGAGAGCAAGACUUGGAUGCUGCGCGUCUCAUGAGCCAAGCGAAUGCUGACAUUGCGUGGAUGGAUGACGAGGAAGCCAAACUAUCUACGCCACACGCUGCAGCACAGAAAGUAUCUAGGAAUCAUGCGGUGGCCGCGGCGGCCGCAGCAUCCAGACAGUUCUACCAGCAGAAUGCGGGCUCUUCCACUAGUGUUGACAGCCAAAAUCACUUUAUUGAUCAUCGCAAUCAGUCGCACUCAUUAUCAGUCAACCCACAUUCACCACUGGCUGCGCGUGCGAUGCAGGGUACAUCGAGUAUGCAUGACCAUCCGACAGAGAACUCGCCGUAUGCUACGAAGCCCGCGCCAGCGCUGUGUAACCAACCGGUAGAGAACAUGCCGCCGUCCAAUACGCCAGUACCGCUGGUGAACAUUGACUCUGCCGCCUCUUCAUGGGAACCACGGGUUGAUGGGUUGAACAAUCUUGCACAAUCCACUAUAACAGACUCUAGUCGACCACUGGAGGACGAUGUGUGUUUCCCACCACCUACUCAAGUGGAUCAGCCGGCAGUUGACUCGAAGCAUGAAUCAUCGAAGUAUAAGGGAGAAAAGCCAGGAUUUCCGUACACAUUUGAUCUGUCGAUAUUGGAAGAGUUUGCGAAAGAAGAGCGCGAAAACUUCGGUAAUGCUAGUUCAUGGCCGCCUGCGUCGUCGUUUGGUAGCUCCGCACGCCCAGGACAGGGUGGACAGUUCGGAUAUACGACGUUUCCGUUCUCUGGUGCGACCAAUGGCGAUAGCAUGUUGUACAGCCGUCGUCCACGCCGUGCGCAAACAUCUGGUAUGGAGACCGGUGCAGGGGGCAGCAAGUACCAGAAGAAACUUGCCAUGUUUGAGGGCGGGCAAUCGUUCGGCCGUGCACCGGACUCCAAGGAAGUGUCGGCCUUAACAUCGGGCAUCGACAGCAAGAAUGAAUCUGUCCAGCCAUUGCUGCAAGGAUCAGCAAAGACAUCGUAUCAAGGCGUGCCGGGGUCGGAAGCACGUCCGUCGACUUUGUCUCGUGCCCAAACGAUCCCUCGUGCGCCUCGGUCAACCAUUCCUAUUCCUGGGGCGCUGCACGACAAGCCGUAUCGAUUCACAUUCUACUCGAAUGCUUUCCCAACAUCCUUGCAUGCUCGUUUCUUGUCGGAAUUGCCAGGGCCAGGUCAGACGUUCGAGGAUCUGAUCCGAGGAGUGCCGUCGGACGACCCGCCUGAGAAACCAAGAACAACUGGUACUUCGGCUGGAUCUCAGCCUUUACCACAGAUUCCACUUAUGGGCCAUGCGCGCGACGCCACGGAGUCUGAAGCGAAUACGUGGUGGCUCGAUGUGCUGUGCCCGACGGACCAGGAGAUGAAGAUCCUUGCACGCACAUUCGGGAUUCAUCCGCUGACGACCGAAGACAUUCUCAUGGAAGAAACGCGCGAGAAGAUCGAGCUGUUUCGCAACUAUUAUCUACUGUGUUUCCGCUCGUUUGACCAGGAUCCCUACAGCCCGACGUACUUGGAGCCUUUGAACAUGUAUAUUGUCGUGUUCAGGGAGGGCACGCUCUCGUUCCACUUCCGGCAGACACCUCACCCCCACAAUGUGCGCCGGCGUAUCAAGCAGCUAAAGGAUUAUAUUAACGUGACAUCUGACUGGAUCUCGUAUGCGCUGAUUGAUGACAUUACUGAUGCAUUUGCACCUUUGAUUCAAAGCAUUGAGUUUGAGGUCGACAGUAUUGACGAGCUUGUGCUGAUUUUGAAGGAAGCUGAGCAGUCUGACAUGCUCCGGCGUAUUGGAACGUGUCGAAAGAAGGUCAUGGGCCUCUUGCGGUUGAUGGGCAACAAGGCCGAUGUCAUCAAGGGUCUUGCAAAGCGCUGCAACGAGUAUUGGUCCAUUGCACCCAAAUCAGAUAUUGGCAUGUACCUCUCCGAUAUCCAAGAUCAUCUGAUUACCAUGACGCAAAAUCUGAAUCAUUACGAGUUGAUUCUCUCUCGCUCGCACAGCAACUAUCUCGCGCAAAUCAGUAUAGAGAUGACUGAUGCAAACAACCAGAUCAACGAUGUGCUGAGCAAGCUGACGGCUCUCGGUACUGUGAUUGUGCCUAUGAAUGUGAUCACGGGUCUUUGGGGUAUGAACGUCCAAGUGCCUGGUCAAAACGUACAGAACCUGAACUGGUUCGGUGGCAUUUGUGCCGUAAUGGUUGUUAUUGCUGUUACAGGCUACAUCACCACUGUGCGCUAUUUGGGCAGCCGUUAG